AUGGCGGACACAUCUGUCAAUGGCGAUCGGCUCGUUGCCGAUGCCUCCAUGGACAUCGAUAUGGACAUUGACCUAGGCCCCGAGCCUGAGCUUGACCCCGGAGUCGAGCUGAUCCAAGCUGAUUCAGCUACACAAGCCGAGUCUAUUGACCAACUUGCCGAAGAGGCAAUCUACGAGAAAGUUCACGUGCGCGGCGUGGAUGAGAUGACCACCGAGAAUAUCAAGCAAUUCGCCCAUAGCCACUUCGACCAGGAAAUGCCGUCUCGCAUCGAGUGGAUCGACGAUACAUCCGCCAACAUCUUAUAUUCUUCUCCAGAGAUCGGCCUCAAAGCGCUCGCGGCCUUGACGCAAGUCGGCGAAGAGGGGGAGGAUGGGUCGGCCCUCCCACCUCUCCGUCUUCGGUCGGCGAGGCUCCUAUCCUCCCACCCAGAUUCAGUUCUACAGGUCAGAUCAGCCGUGAAAACCGAUCGCAAACAGGCACGCGCACACGAAAAGAGUCGAUUCUACCUCAUGCACCCCGAGCACGAUCCCCGCGAACGCCUGCGAGAGGAACUUUCAGACCGAAGACGCGGGGACGACGACGGUUACCGAAGACGCCGAUUCGACGACCGAGAACUGCGCCGGCGCAAGGACCGCGACCACGAUGAAAGCUUCAGUGCCAACAUGUACGAUGAUAACCCAGCGAGCUACUCCGACUCGGAACGCGACCGUGAUGAGAGUUCAUCUGGAAGACUUCGUAACCGCAGCGCCUCGCCGGGCCGAGACACUCUCGAUGAUACAGGCCGUGUCGAAACCAGCAAUGACCGCAGGCGGUUCCGCGAGCGGUCUCCCCGUGGAAGUAAAGGUCGAGAGCUCUUCCCAUCGGAUUCGGGUGCCCGUGAACUCUUCCCCAAUAAGCCUUCGUCAAGCUAUCUCAAGAAAGAGCUGUUCCCGAGCAAACCCAGCAACCAUCGCCGAUCUGAUGCUUUCGAUGCGGCAGAUGAGACACCGGAUAUUCUGGGUCGCAGGAUUACUGUUCCACCGAAUCGCAAUGUGGAGCUGUUCCCUGGCUCAGUGAAGGAGGACCAGGGGGCUGCAAUGAGAGGCGCACAGCAGGGCAUGUCUAUCAAGGGCCGAGGUGCAUCGCUUCGCGAGUUGUUCCCCGAUAAGUAUAACAAUAACAGCAAUGCUGGAAAGGAGCUGUUCACCGAACCCCUGGAGGGACGUGGAGGCCGUCGGCGGAAAGCAGAAGAUCUAUUUGGUUGA